AUGCGGCUGCGCGUCCCACCAAACGCCUGCGGCAGCAGCAUACCCGUUCGCGUGCCUUUUGCUGGCCUACCGGAGCGCAUUUGGUGGUGGGAAACCCGGGAGCGUCAGGCUCGGCAGCUGCAGAGCGACCUGGCCGAGCUCAAGGCACACGCGGUGACGCUGCGGCUGCGAGACAGCGGCGGCGGGAGCGCGGAGCAGCUUGCGGCGCACGUCGAGUUGUGGGCAGAGGUGCAGGCUUACGGGCUGCGCGACCUGCUGCUCGUGAUGGCGCGCGACCCUGCAUCGCCCUUGUGGCGGACGCACCGUAUGGUCCUGGACGAGCAGGCGGCGCACCAGCUCCUCGCACUGCAGCGCGACUUGAGGGCGCGCGCCAACGACACUCGCGAGACCGGAGGGGGCGUGUCGAUGGUUCGUGGUCUGGGGGGCGAGGCGGGACUCGCGCCCGUGUUUGGCCCUGGCGGCUUCCUGUCUGACAUCGUGGGUGCCCUCCGGAAGCGGGAGCGCUGCCUCCAGGACUUCGCCGGAUGCAGCUGGAGCGCGACGCUGCGCGAGGCGGUCGCCCCUCGUCUGCGACCCGCACUCACGGAGUCGCUGGCGGUACCUUGCCAUUCGCCACCGGAGGGGGGCAGCGGCGGCACGGCCUCAGCAGGGCUAUGGUCGGGCGUUGUGGGCUGCGCGCCAGGAUGCCCCUGGUGUGCGGCUGAGGCAGAGGAGCCUGGCCCCGGCGAGCAGCAGCAGCAGCAGCAGCAGCACGGUUCAGCAUUUGGCGAUGCAGCGCCAGUCCCCUUCGAAUCCCCCUUCCUGUGGCGGCGCCUUGUGUGGGCGCUGCUGGGGCGAGUCGCGCCUCGCGUACGCGAUCGGCUGAGGUACAGCCCCCGGCCGCUGCACGCCAAGGAGGCGGAGCGCGCCUAUGCGCGCGGCCUCGACGAGGCAUUUGAGAAGGCCCACUCCCCUGCCCAAGUGGUCCUGGCCUGCCGCGUGCUUGAGGCGCUGGGCCCGCACGAGUCAUCCACUGCGCCCGACCCCCAGGCCGUGUCCCUGUGGCCGGCCAUGGCCGCACCGGCCACAGCCGUGGCACUCAUGCACGCCAGCGCGGGGCCCGAGGCGUGGCCGCUCUCUGGUCGGGAGGGCGGCCGGCCGCCGUGGCCGGAGGAUGAUGGGGAGGGGCACCUGCCCAUGUGGCCGGUUUGGUACCACAUGCGCGUGCUGGGCAUGUGGGACAAAGCAGGAAGCUUCAGCAGCAGUGCGGAGGACGGCAAUGCGGAGGCUGUCGCAGCGCUGCGCAGGGCAGAGGCCGGCAAUGAGCUGGCAGAGCGUCUGCGGGGCGCAGGCGCAGACAAGGUGGCGCGGCGGGCGGCGGCGGCGGCGGCGGCGCGGCGAGUCUAUGACGACCCUGACGUCAGGCUGGACGCCGCCGUGUUUGCAACGCGCCAGGCGUUCAGCUCGUCGGACUUUGACCGGCUGCAGCGUCAGGGCUUCCUCUCGCAGCUUCUGAAUCGCCCAAACCGUCACACGCCUCAGCAGGACGCCUGCGGCUGCGACCGCUGCGGCCGGACCGCCGCGGCGUACCUCGUUUGCCCGCGUGGCUGCGGCGUCCGCUACUGCGGCGAGCGGUGCCGCGCGGAGUCGGCCACGCUGGAGGCCGAAUGUGGUGGCGGCGGCGGCCCUCUGCCAGGCCUGUCCAGCCAUGGCCCUCUGUGCGGCUACCUGGCGCGCAGCCUGGCAGACGCGCGCCCCCGCUUCGCUGCGCAGAGGUGGCGCCUGGAGGUCGAGGGCGAUGCAGUGCCGGCGGGGCGGCCGGGCGCGCGCCGCGCCUGGUGGCAGAAGCUGCGGCACGUGGGCCAGGUGUAG